UUUGAGAAAACCAUUGUCACAAUCUUACCGAUAUGAUGUGCUCAAUUAUCCUCUCAAAUAAUUAGAAAGUGCUCGGCAAGCUCGAGGCAGCCUGCGUGGCAGCAGAGAGAGAGAGAGAGAGAGAGAGAGAGGGAGAGAGAGAGAGAGAGGGACAGAGAGAGAGAGAGAUUCGGGGGAGGGUGUCCGUCUGUCUGUCUGUCGAUGUGAGGAUUUGCACAACAACACAGACCGAUGUAAUUUGUAGGAACUUCAAAGCUUCCAAGUAGCAGGACGUUAUUGACUCCUCUCCUCUCCAGUCAGUGGGUGUGAUGCCACCAUGGAGGCACAGAACAACAACCAGUCCACCUUAGACAACCAGAACAAUUUCUACAAGAUACCCAAUCAGGAGGAUCAGAAAAAUGUGCCAAGCUAUAGAUACUGCUGCACUAUGGCAAACUUCCGGAUUGAGAAGAAGAUUGGUCGGGGUCAGUUCAGUGAGGUCUAUAAAGCUACAUAUCUACUCGAAGGACAUCUGGUUGCACUCAAGAAAGUCCAGAUCUUUGAAAUGAUGGAUGCUAAGGCCCGUCAAGACUGCAUCAAGGAGAUAGAUCUACUGAAGCAGCUGAAUCACCCCAAUGUAAUCAAGUACAUAGACUCCUUUAUUGAAGACAAUGAGCUCAACAUUGUUCUGGAGCUGGCGGAUGCUGGAGAUCUGUCCCAGAUGAUAAAGUACUUCAAGAAGAAGAGGCGACUCAUACCAGAGAGGACAAUAUGGAAAUAUUUUGUGCAGUUGUGUAGCGCCCUGGAGCACAUGCAUUCACGUAGAGUAAUGCACCGUGAUAUCAAACCAGCCAACGUGUUCAUAACAGCCACGGGGGAGGUAAAGCUGGGCGACCUGGGAUUAGGCCGCUUCUUCAGCUCCAAAACCACAGCAGCACAUUCUUUAGUGGGGACGCCUUACUACAUGUCACCAGAGAGGAUCCAUGAGAACGGAUACAAUUUUAAGUCAGAUAUCUGGUCCCUGGGAUGUCUUUUGUAUGAGAUGGCUGCCCUGCACAGUCCAUUUUAUGGGGACAAGAUGAACCUCCUGUCCCUCUGCCAGAAGAUUGAGCAGUGUGAUUACCCUCCCCUCCCACCUGACCAUUAUUCCGAGAAGCUGCGGAACCUGGUCAGCAUGUGCAUCAACCCUGACCCAGACCAGAGACCGGACAUAGUCUUUGUGCUGCAGAUCGCCAAACAAAUGCACAUGUGGACGUCGAGCACCUGAAGACCUCCUCCGCUCCAGGAACCCCUCUCGGCUCAGUUUGAGGCUCUCAAACCACUAGAUGUAAGCUGUGCUUAGUCUCACAGAACCCUCAUCUCAACAUGAGAAAACCUCCGAAGGGUAUGCACAAGUGGACAGUGAUGUUUUGACGUCAAAACUCCCACUUCUUUUCUGUCUCGGAGGAUGUGAAGAGGUACAUUUGUGGUGCAGCGCUCAUCGAAAGUGAAAGUGAAAUCACACUUGUUCAUGUGAGAGGUGACUGCAUUUCUGCCUUUUUUUCUUUAGCUAAGGACAGAGGGCUGUGUCUGACUCUGAUCACAGAUUCUUCUGAGCUUUUUUAUGUAACUCCGCAGUGGUUGCAUUCCAAGUUUACCCUGUUCCAGGUGAAUGUGUGUAGUAGAGCAGGGCAAUUUGAAAAUGUACCAUUUGUCAUUGUAAUCCUAUCUUACAUAUUUUUAUACUACCAUUUUAAGUACAUCAUUUAAGGGGUCUACGAGGACAGUGAGUAAAUACGUAUUAGCAUUUAUUCAGUCAGAUUUCUCUGAGAUAGACUUCUGAAAACAAAAGCACAGUCAAAAGUACAGUCUGUUGUGAUGGAGAUUCAGUGUGAGAUUUAUUAUGUGACAUAUACACAGAUAAUGUCUAGCAGAGGAAAGUAUAUUUCGCAGCCUGAGUGACUGUGGUGUUCCCAGAAUCUCAAGACCAUCAGUUAACUAAUGCGUUAUAUACAGCUUACAGAUUUUUGUGGCCUAUUUUUUUCUUUAAAUACUCGGAACCAUACAAAAAAAUCCAAUGAAAUUAUCUUUGUUACCAUGUGAAGUUUGCUAAUGUUGGCAAUGGCAUCUUGUAGCUCUGCCUGAUGAAUCAUGGUUUGAUCUCUUUCUAGCUGGUCACCUCUAGUUACUAAGAAAUAUAUUUGUGGCUGCUUAAAUGAUAAAUCGUAAACCAGCCCAGUCUCACUGUUGGUGGUUUGUUAAAAGUCCAGUGUGUAGAAUUUAGUGGCAUGUUUGCAGAUUCCCACCACUGAAUUACGCCUCCCACACACAUUCACAUCCUACAGUUGCUGCCAAGUUGAUGUAAAAGGGUGAUGAUGUGAGAGGAUGUGGAUGUGAGGGUGUUGUUGAAAAAGCCCUCAUUGUCUGGUGUGUUUGUUCUGGACUAUUCCGUAGACACGGCAGCUCUCUGCCUCUCUCAUUCUUGCCUACAACUUCCCAACGUCUCUUUAUUUUCUGGGUAGUUGGGUCACGUUUUUUCUCUGGUCUCUUGCAGCUGUACACAACAUGAAGAAACCUGUUAAGUGACACUUUUGAACCGUAUUGUAGUUGCUCCGAGUCUCAUCAUCUUGGCAGUACUCACUCUUUGCUUAUUCAGAUGAGCUACAUCUAUAACCUUCAGUAUGCAUAAAUUUAAACCUGAAUCAAAUUUACUGACAUAAGUUAAAUAAAAAUUGAACCCUGGGAGUAUUUCUGUUUCUGCUGUAAAACACGUCAUUUUAGCAUUGAUGUGUUUGAAGCAAGCCUAAAGUGGCUAUUCAAGGAACUGCAGCUUUUAACACUCUGGAGGCCCUGGAGGUCGCAGCUGGGAAGUGUACUGGCAGGCUAUCAGACUGUCAGAUUUGUCCAUGAAUUAAAAAAAAAAUAAUAAUCUUUUCAAUCCCUCAAUAUUAUACAGUAGCCAUCCUUCAUCACUGAGAUCACCAUUACAGUAUUGCAUCUGUUAAUGUAAUGUAACAGGGCUUCUUCACCAUCCACCACAGCUGCUCUGGAUACUUAACGGGAGUGGAUGAUUGUUUGUGUCUGCUCAGUCUGUGUCUGAACUCCUGGGUGUACUCACAGCACCAACAUCUGAAUGAUAACCUUUUAGAACUAACUACAUUUUGAUUUUGUGACAUUCUUAUGUCUGAAUACUUAAAUAUUCUACGGUAUAGAGUGUUUAUGUGGGAAUUUAGAAGGACUGAAAAACUCAUAAACCAAUUUUUCUUUGCGUAAAGGACAAAAACAUUCAGAACUUAGCUCUAGGAAACUGAAGAACUACCGCAAGAGCAUACGUUGCUAUUUGAAUUUACAUUACAAAUCCACACAGACACAUUAUGCUAGGGUGCCAUGGUGGUGGGUGUUGUUGAGUAUUCCAUCAAUGUUACAUAUAUGAUCACUGUUUAAAGUGUGUGACCGUUAUUAAUGUGAAACUGUAAGUGCCAUUGAGAUUAGAUGCUGUGAAAGUCCUUUUGUUUGCUAGUACUAAAGAGUAUGUUUAAAAAUGUUACUGCAAGACCCAUAUCAAAUGGACAACGCCAAACCACACAGAACCAUUUCAUAUAUUUGUACUCUGUGCUAUUACAAUAAAUGUAUUAUGUGCACAGGAAGAGUGGUAGCUUCCAGUUUCCAUCAUGUUUAGACAACAUAUAUCUUGUAUCCUUAUCCUCCAUUUACAGGACUUAUUAAAUCGUGUCUUCUCACUCUGAAGUAUUGUGCGAUCAUGUUUUUACCAUCUGCUUAUUUCUGUGGAGUGUGACAUUAAAUUGUGGUCAGUGUGGAAUCGA